AUGGCGUCUGUAAAAGAACAGUGGGCUCCAUUUGCAGAGAAGUACAAGAUACACCCGGACACCUAUAACCAUUUUCGACGUGUGCAAGAACUCGGCUUCAAACCAUUCCAUGAAAUCAGUCUUGAGGAAGCGCGAAAGCAAACCGAAAUUGCAGGGAUCGCCUUUGGCGGGAAGAUCGACUUUUCCGGGACAGAUAGAGAAAUCAUUGUCCCGUCCCCUCACUCUGAAAAUGGCAUCCCUGUAUCCGUAUAUAAACCCGCCUCCUGCCCUGAAAGGCCCGCCAUUUUGGUGUAUUUCCACGGUGGUGGGUUUAUCGCCAGCAGUCGGAGAACCCACGAAGCGGUUCUGAAAAUAAUCGCCCGAGAAUCAAGAGCGAUCAUCGUGAACGUCGAGUACCGUCUUCUGCCACGCCCGGAAGCUGUGUACGCUCCCUUUGACGACGGACUGGUAGUGACGCAAUGGGUGCUUAGCAACCGAGCAGUAGUCGGCGGGCACGCCAAAAGUAAAGUCGGCGUCGGUGGCGACAGUGCCGGCGGCCAUAUUGCUGGUGGUGUGUCCAACGUACUCCCAGAACCGCUAGACUUCCAAGUUUUGAUUUACCCGGGGCUCAAAGUCCCCGAAGAACCUCCGUCCGUGAGAGAGUUCGCAGACGUGCCCGGACUGAGCAAAGAAGCCCUGGCGUACAUCUUAGCAAACAGCGUGAGCAACAUCCCAGACCAGGCCAGCAACCCAAGGAUCAACCCUUACGCCGGACAGUUCUCAGCCUCGCACCCAGAGACCUUCGUGUUGCUCUGUCAGCUGGACCCGCUCAGAGACAGCGGUCUCAUGUACGCUCAUCGUCUCCGCGAAGCAGGGGUCAAGGUCACGUGUGAGAUGCUGGAGGGGAUACCUCACGGCUUCUUCCCUCAGUGUGACACCUACAGGCAGAAAGGGCCCGAGGCGUACGCUCUUGUAGCCCGCUUUCUCAACCAGUUCCAUACGUAAGAAAAACAAAGCGAGAACAUGUCUAUGUGCAAUGUAGCCUGCUCUCUAUAACGACAUUCUAUAUAUAGUGGGGGGGGGGGGGGG